UUUUACCUUACAACUCCACAGCUAUCCUUUUAUCUCUCUCUUUUUCUCUUUUCUUUUCUUUUUGCUUCUUUCUUACCUUUUAUUUUUUAAAAAUAUUUUCUUUGUCUCUCUCUCAACCAAUAUCAUUCAUCAUUUGUACUUGCUCUUCACGCCAGCACACUUUUUCCUUUCUUUUUUCUUUUCUGCUUUCUUUUAUAGUAUUUCCACCUUCACAGCCAUGAACUUCUUCAAGCCAAAACCAAAGACUCCUCAUGAACUGGCUCGUAAUCUCAAAGAAUACAUUCAAAAGCUUGAUGGUCCUGAUAAGAGAAGGGCCACAGAAGAAAUCUCUAAAAUCCUGGUAGCCAUCAAGACUAUGUUAUAUGGAGACAGUGAAAAUGAUCCAGUACCAGAGAUUGUAGCUCAAUUAGCCCAGGAAGUGUACUCGAACAAUCUUCUUCAGCUCUUGGUCGAUAACAUUGCCAAGUUUGAGUUUGAAGCCAAAAAAGAUGUUGCCCAGAUCUUCAACAAUUUGCUCCGUCGCCAUAUCGGCUCAAGAUCACCCACGGUUGAAUACCUUUGCACACGCGACUAUAUCCUUUUUACAUUGAUUCAUGGUUAUGAAAAUCAGGAGAUCGCUUUGAACUGCGGCAUGAUACUGCGAGAAUGUCUGAGGCAUGAGGUCCUAACAAAGAUCAUCCUCAACUCUCAGCAGGUCUACAAGUUUUUUGACUAUGUGGAAAUGAACACCUUUGAUAUUGCAAGUGAUGCAUUUGCAACUUUUAAGGAAAUCUUGACGCGACAUAAAGCUCCUGUAGCCGAGUUUCUGGAACGCAAUUACGAUGUGUUUUUUGAAAAGUACACUUUGCUUCUACAAUCGACAAAUUAUGUGACGAAGCGUCAGUCAUUAAAGUUGUUGGGAGAGAUCUUGCUGGACAGAGCCAACUUCACAAUCAUGACACGAUAUAUUGCCAGUGCGGACAACCUGAAGCUAAUGAUGAACUUGCUCAAAGACAGAAGUCGUAAUAUUCAAUUCGAAGCCUUUCAUGUGUUCAAAGUCUUUGUUGCAAAUCCCAACAAGAACAAACCAGUGCUGGAUAUUUUAUCUAAAAACCAAGACAGACUCAUUGCAUUUUUGAGCUCGUUUCAUAAUGACCGCAGUGAUGACGAACAAUUCAAUGAUGAGAAGGCAUUCUUACUGAAGCAAAUUCAAGAUCUUCGAUAACCAAACAAUGAAGGUAUCUGGUCUCAACAGGAGCGUAGGAGUUGCUCAUUCAAAAAAAAA